CUAUGCAGUUCCAACUUUUUGAAUGCUUCUGCAGAUAUCUGCAGAUAGAUAACAUUCACAGAAAAUGUAUAUGUCAUAUGCACAUGUAUACACAUAUAUGCAAUACACAGUCGUACUUAUUUUGUUUUCCAAGGUUUCUUACAUAACCUUAAGGAAAAGUACUUAAGUACUUUUGACAUAAAAAAAGGUAUUCAUUGUCUCUAAAGAAUUACACAAAGUUAUGUCCCAGAAAAAGAAAGUAUUAAUGGUAUGCUUAGGAAAUAGUUGUCGUUCUCCAAUUGCAGAAGCUGUAUUUUGUGAUCAAUUAAAACAAAUGGAUCUUAAUGAAUUUUGGGAAGUCGAUAGUGCUGCACUUUUACAAUAUCAUGUGGGUAAAAGUCCAGAACCUAGAGCUAUGGCCACACUUAAAAAAAGAGGCAUUACACAGUAUACUCAUAAAGCAAGAGAAAUUAAAAAAGAAGAUUUUUAUAAAUUUGAUUGGAUACUUGGAAUGGACAGUGGCAUUGUGUAUGAUUUAUGUCAAAUGCAACCAGAUGAUAGUCCAGCAAAAAUUGAACUCCUAGGAAAAUAUGAUCCAAAUGGUGAACUUAAUCUACGAGAUCCAUUAUUUGAUGAUGAUAGUAGUGGAUUUGAAAAAGCAUUUGAACAAUCUAACAGAAGCAUAAAAGCAUUUCUAAAUCAACACUCGGUGUGUUAUUUAUAGUUGUUUCAACUGAGAAUUCAAAUUGACUGUGAUUAUAUUAUAACAUUGGUAAUGUAAUCAAGCUCUAUAAAAUUUGGAUAAUUAUAAAAUAUGUAAGUAUAAAAGAUAUUUUUAUUUAACUUUAUGUCCACUUACAUACACUUCAAUUAUAUUACGAUCAUCUCCUGAAUAUAUUAUCUUUUGCAAUUUUUCUUCUAAAGUAUAUUGUCUUAAAUCAUUUAAAUAUCCAUUAUUUACAUUUGUAUCUACAAUAAGAGCAUCAAAUUCUUUACCUAUUGCAAAGUUACCUAUUUGAUCGUCCAUUGCAAGUGCUGGAAAAAAAGUGUUACUGUAUAAAGGAAAGAGCUUGAUCUAUUUAGUUAUAAUAUAAAAAAGAUUUAUUUAUAUUACCUGUUGCACCUCCUAAAGUAGCCAAGUAGAAUACAUCUUUAAAAUUAAGUGCUUCAUAAUCAGUCUUAAGAAGAGACAGAUGAAUUGAUACUUGCAAAGUUGAUCUCAUUGCAUCUAACAUACUACAACUUUGACCACCUGCAACAUCUAUAAAAUAUAUACUUAGAAUUACUGUCUCUGCACAUCACAAAGACCACUUUUCAAACAUGUAUUUGAGGAAGCACAAUGAAUAAUAGAAGUACCACGUUUCUUCAGUAAUGCAAUUUCAGUAUCUGUGAGGUGUACCCCAUGAGCCAUUACAGUCUGCAAACAAAUAAAGAUGAAUAUAAGCCUUC